AUGGAAAUCUCUAUGGAAACUCUCGCCUCUUUAAGACUGAGUGAAGGAGACAACGGAGAAUCCAUCAUCAGAUGGAGAGGCGCAAGACGCGAGAAGGCUAUCGAGAUUGGGCUGUCUGCGUUUCUUUGGGAGGAAAAUGAAACCGUGCCAGAAACUCAGCAGGCAACAAGGGAGGGUGAACAUUUGAAUGAGUUGGAGAAUGAAGAGGUUCAGCCCCCGAAUGACGACAUAGCUUUUGAAGAGGAUGUGAACCUCAACCAGGGGGCUCACUCUACUAGGGGAGGUUCUUCAGCUCAGAAGAAGAAUGGCAGAGGUCCUGGAAUAGGGGUGAAGCCUGGACAUGGCCUUCACCUUGAGAUACAUGACAACAGGAUCGUCACACCACAGGCUGCCCAUGAACUCACUGCUAUCUUCAAAAGGGGCAUCACUGGUCCAUGGAUUAAGUUCUCGGAGUACCCUGCUUCUGCUUUGCAGACCGUGAUUGCUCGUUUUAAGGAAUCUGGGUUCACAUGCUCUCUUCCAGAAGAAGAACUCAAUGUUCAUCUCAAGGAACACAUCAAGAGGAACUUUUCCCAGUGGAUGUAUGGGUUCCGCAACCGAGUCUUCAAUCAAUAUCCUACCCUUGCUGAAAGGAUUAACGAUCCACCUACUGAAAUCCCUGCUCAUAUUUGGAGGGAAAUGGUUAACAAGUGGAGUGAUCCAAAGUGGAAGAGCACCAGUGAUAAGAACAAAGCCAAUCGUGAGAAGUCUGAGGUCACUGCUACUGGCGGAUUUGUUCCCAUGGCGAACUUUAGGCUUGAUCAGAUCAAGAAGACGGGAAAAGAACCAAAUCCUAUAGAGACAUUCAAGAAGUUCCAUGUGAAGAAGGGCAAUGGUGAAUUCACCACCCCAAAAGCUCAGACCAUACAUGCUGAAUUGAAGAAUAAGGAAGCUGAGAAGUUGAGUCAAGGGGAAGAGGUGAACCAGUUUUCGAUUUAUGGUGAGGUUGUAGGAAAACAUCCUAGGAAACGUGUGUUGGGAAUGGGUUAUGGGGAGAAGGCGAAGAAUGAUGAGAUGAUAAAAAUGCUGAAAGAAGAGCUAGUGCAGGUGAAGAAUGGAAUUCCUCAGAUUGUCGAGGAUACAUUGAAGAGACUAGGAGUUACUUUGGCAGAGUCCUCAAUGGCUGGAGACAAGGGGGUGAAUGAUGAAGAUGAAGAUGGAGACGAGGAAGUGAAUGAUGAAGAUGCGGAUGGUAUUGACGAUGAGAACAACUCCCCCUGAUGAUGAUGAUUACUAAGUUUGCAGCGCUUGGAAGAAGGUAGCAGUAGGAACUUUGCAAGUUCCAAUUUUCAAUCAGAAGUUUGCAGGUAGGAAGAAGGCAGUCUUAGGAACUUUGCAAGUUCCAUUUUUCAAUCGGAUUAUGUUUAUGUUUUGUUUUGUUAAGUGUUUGGUUGUUUUGUUUUAUGUUUGAACAAGUGUUUGGUUGUUUUCUUUUAUGUUUGAACAAGUGUUGAAGGUGGUCUGCGUUAAGACAGUUUUGGUGGUUAGGCUACCUAAUUUUAU